AUGUCUGGAGAAAAAACAGCAAUUAUAUCAGUAUAUGACAAAACAGGACUAUUAGAUUUAGCAAAAGGUUUAGUUGAUAAUAAUGUUAAAAUCCUAGCUUCUGGGGGGACUGCACAAUUAAUUAGAGACUCUGGGUUCCCUGUAUCUAAUGUGUCUAGUAUAACACACUCACCUGAAAUGCUAGAUGGUAAAGUCAAAACUUUACAUCCUGCAAUCCAUGGUGGGAUUCUAGCUAGAAAUUUAGAAAGUGACGAAGAUGAUUUAAAACAACAACAUAUUGAUAAACUGGAUUUUGUAGUUUGUAAUCUUUACCCAUUUAAGGAAACUGUGUCAAAGAUUGGUGUUACUAUGAAUGAAGCUGUCGAAGAAAUAGACAUAGGUGGUGUCACUUUGUUAAGAGCUGCCGCAAAGAAUCAUUCUAGAGUCACAGUUUUAUCUGAUCCAAAGGAUUAUGCUGCAUUUAUUGAAGAAUUAUCUAAUUCAAAAAGUGGAGAAAUUUCUGCCGAUUUAAGAAAUAGAUUGGCUUUAAAGGCCUUCGAACACACAGCAGAAUACGAUGCCUGUAUUGCAGAUUUCUUUAGAAAACAGUUUGCAGAAGAUAAAGCGCAACUACCUUUACGUUAUGGUAUAAAUCCUCAUCAGAAACCAGCACAAGCUUUUGUCAGUGAACAUGAGCAAUUACCAUUUAAAGUGUUGAAUGGUUCUCCAGGUUAUAUUAACUUACUAGACGCUUUAAAUUCCUGGUCUUUAGUUAAGGAGUUAUCAGCUUCAUUGAAUUUACCUGCUGCAGCUUCCUUUAAACAUGUUUCGCCUGCUGGUGUUGCUGUGGGCUUCCCAUUAACAGAAGUAGAAAAACAAGUCUAUUUUGUCACUGAUAUUGAUGAUAUAUCACCUUUGGCUGCAGCAUAUGCUAGAGCAAGGGGUGCUGAUAGAAUGUCGUCAUUUGGUGAUUUUAUUGCUUUAUCAAAUAUUGUGGACAUUCCAACAGCAAAAAUGAUCUCUUAUGAAGUUUCUGAUGGUGUUGUCGCACCAGGAUUUGAGCCAGAGGCUUUAGAAAUACUUAAAAAAAAGAAGAAAGGAAAAUAUUGUAUCUUACAAAUCGACCCAAACUAUGUUCCAAACACUUUAGAAACAAGACAAGUCUAUGGUGUCUAUUUACAGCAGAGACGAAAUGAUGCUAUUAUAAACCAAUCAACUUUUAGGGAAAUUAUAUCACAAAAUAAAAACCUAACUGAUCAGGCUAUCAUUGAUUUAACUGUAGCUACAUUAGCUUUAAAAUAUACACAGUCAAAUUCUAUCUGUUAUGCUAAGAAUGGUAUGGUUAUUGGGCUAGGUGCUGGUCAACAAUCUAGAAUCCAUUGUACUAGACUGGCGGGAGACAAAGCUGAUAAUUGGUGGUUACGACAACAUCCACGUGUCUUAGGAAUCAAAUGGGCAAAAGGUAUUAAAAGACCAUCUAAAUCAAAUGCCAUUGAUUUGUUCGUCACUAAUCAAAUCCCUAUUGACGACCCAGAAAAAUCAGAAUAUGAAGCCAAUUUUAAAGAAGUACCAAAACCAUUAACUGAAGAAGAACGUAAGGAAUGGUUAUCUAAAUUGAAUAAUGUAUCAUUAUCAUCAGAUGCAUUUUUCCCAUUCCCCGAUAAUGUUUAUAGGGCAGUUAAAUCUGGUGUUAAAUAUAUUGCAGCGCCAACUGGCUCAGUUAAGGAUAGAGCUGUUAUCAAUGCUGCUGAUUCCUUAGGAUUAGUGUAUGUGGAAAACCCAAUACGUUUAUUCCACCAUUAA